AUGCUCGCAAGUACGGAUUUCGUGACGGGUUUCCACAAGCGCAAGGUGCAACGGAGGAAGCAGGCCGAAAAGGAGGCCACCGAGAAGGAACGCCAGGCCCGCAUCCAGCGCCGGAAGGAGCUGCGCGAGGCUGAGGCUCUUGCGGCCGGCGGCGAUCUCCUCAUGCACAAGGCUAAGCAUCAGCAGGGACCGGGUGAGGAUGAGUUUGAUGAGAAGGAGAAUGUCAAGGACCACUUCAAGCACCUGCUCUCUUCGGACGACCCGGCGCGCAAGCGAAAGAGGGAAGAGGGCGAGGAAGACGGCGAAGGCGGCGAUGAGGACGAUCUGGACGACGACGAGGACGACGACGACGAUGAGAUGGAAGCGGCGGAGAGCGAGGAGGACGAGCGGGCGCUGAAGGAGACCUACGAGGGGGAGGAGACCGAUACGGUCGUGACCGUCACCUCGCUCGCCCUCAACGGCGAAGACGACCCGUUCUUCAAAACCGAAAACGAAGACGACGACGAAGACGGCGAAAACGAAAACGACAAUAACGAAGACGGCGAUGAAGGCGAAGGCGAGGAGGACGGCGAGGGCGAGGGCCACCACAACCACGUCGGCGCCAGGACGUCAGGAGGCGGCGGCAAGAAGUCGUCGUCGGCGGUGUCGAAGAAGAAGGCGUACAAGCCGCCGCCGAAGAAGGCCAAGAAGAUGCAGGGGCGGUACUCCUUCACUAAGGCCAAGAAGGCCCGCAGCAAGCGACGUGCCAACAACAAGCUCCCCGGCGCCAUGAAGUCCAAGAAGCAGCGAGGCGGCUCGCGCUGA